GUUUUGAUCAUUUAUCAUUUUCACACACAAAACUGAGGAUAAUAUUUAUAUUUAAUUACUUUUGUUAGAAUGUAAUGUAAAUCCGUAAAUCCAUAUCAUCGAUUUCAUUAUGAUUUUUAUACAUUAUUUGUUUUAGUUCAAAUAAGUUCUUCAUAACUUAAUCUAAGAGUACCUACUACUAGUCACAUUCAGUGUAAAUGAAAACUGGUGAUACCAAUGAUAAUGAAAAUGGGCUACCGUACACUAUUAGUUUUUGUACUAGCAAUAAUUAGUGUUAGAACUGAGGAAGAAUCCACAUCAUCCCGAAUGUCGAAGAAAGAAAGAUAUGAACUUCGGGAAGAAGCAAGAAAAAUGUUCUACCAUGCCUACAAUGCCUACAUGGACAAUGCAUACCCAGCUGAUGAGCUGAUGCCACUCAGCUGCAAGGGAAGGUGGAAGGGAAUAACCCCAAGUCGGGGAGACAUGGAUGAUGCCCUUGGGAACUUCUCACUAACUUUGGUGGACAGCUUGGAUACCCUGGUUGUACUUGGAGACUUCUCUGAGUUCAGUCACGCCAUCAAAUUAGUACUCAGAGACGUCAAGUUUGACCAUGACAUUGUGGUGUCCGUCUUUGAGACCAACAUUCGCAUUCUUGGCGGUCUGCUAUCAGCGCACGUGCUGGCGUCGCGGCUCAAGCCCGAGGUGCCGGCGCUGCAGUGGUACGCGGGAGAGCUGCUCAGCAUGGCCGAGGACUUGGGAAAGAGGCUGCUGCCCGCCUUUAAUACUUCCACGGGGAUACCGCAUGGAAGGGUGAACCUCCGCCACGGUCUGCGCGGGCUGGCGGAGUCGCGCGAGACGUGCACGGCGUGCGCGGGCACCAUGAUCCUGGAGAUGGCGGCGCUGUCCCGCCUCACUGGGGACCCGCUGUACGAACAGAAGGCACAUAAAGCUAUGGACCGAUUGUGGAAGAUACGGCACAGGACCUCCGACCUAAUGGGCACAGUGAUCAACAUCCACUCGGGCGACUGGGUCCGCAAGGACUCAGGUGUUGGCGCCGGCAUCGACUCGUACUAUGAAUACUGCCUGAAGGCCUACAUUCUGCUCGGGGAUGAGAAAUACCUGGCCAGGUUCAACCGCCACUACAACGCUGUCAUGAAGUAUAUUAGCCGGGGACCGGUUAUGUUGGAUGUGCAUAUGCAUAGGCCACACCUACAAUCCCGCAACUUCAUGGACGCGCUACUAGCGUUUUGGCCCGGACUACAAGUGUUGCUGGGCGACGUGCGGCCCGCGGUGGAGACCCACGAGAUGCUGUACCAGGUCAUGCAGCGGCACACGUUCAUACCGGAGGCGUUUACGCAGGACUUCCAGGUGCACUGGGGGCAACAUCCAUUGCGGCCCGAGUUCCUGGAGUCAACGUACUUCCUGCACCGAGCCACGGGCGACGACCACUACCUACACGUCGGCAAAUCCGUACUUAAAGCGCUCCAGCAGUAUACCAGGGUUCCAUGUGGCUAUGCCGCCGUCAACGACGUCAGAACCAGAGUGCACGAAGACAGAAUGGACUCGUUCGUCAUUGCCGAGACGUUCAAAUACCUGUUUAUGCUGUUUGGAGAAGACAGCGAUAUACCGAUAAAGAUGGAGGACUAUGUACUUACGACUGAAGCCCACUUCUUGCCACUGACUCUAGCGACUGCCGGCAGAAAUGUCUCCUAUUUUAGACUGAAUGAUGAUGACGAGGAUAAAUAUCGCAAAACAUGCCCCAACACCGCGUCACUAGUAGCCGAGAAAGUCCGUCAGCCAAUGAGGCAGCUGCUUGGAGCUACAGCCGCCCGCCCCGCCGCCCGCCUCCGCCCACUCACAGACCCUAGGCAGGUCCAAGCGUUGUCCGACAUGGGCAUAUCAGUGUUGACCCUAGCGGACGGAAGGGUCCAACUGCUCUACACUACCUCAACUGCGAAGUCGUCGAAAGAGGCGGCGGAGGGGCUCACGUUCAUGCGCGAGAUGUCGCGCUGGAACUCGAUGAGCGACGCGGCCAACGGCGUGGUGGCGUGCGGCGUGCGCGUGCGCGGGCGCGUGCUGGCCGCCGGGCCCGGGCACUUCGCGCGCGAGCUGCCCCCCGGCGCGCGCCGCUCGGGCCGCCCCGCGCGCGCCGCCCCGCCCGACGCCUGCGAGCCAGUCACCAACCCCGCCGAGAUCGCCGGCCGCUUCGCCGUCGCCGUCCGCGGACACUGCACCUUCGCGCAGAAGGCCCGCAACCUCGCCGCCGCCGGCGCCGCGCUCGCCAUCAUCACCGACAACGUGCCCGGCUCGUCCAGCGAGCACACGGCGCUGUUCGCCAUGUCGGGCGACGGGCGCGACGACAUCGACAUCCCCGCCGUGUUCCUGUUCAGCGAGGAGGCGCGCGUGCUGCUCGAGGCCAUGGAGGAGGACCCCGCGCUGCAGGUGGAGGUGGGCGAGCUGGCCACGCUGCGGCGGGACGAGCCGUGCCGCGGCGCCUCGUGCCGCGCCGAGCUGCCCGCGCCCGCCGCGCCCGCGCAGGACCCCGAGUCCUUCGACCACCUCAAGAAGGUGCUGAGCCAGCUCGUGGCGCAGUUCGAGCUGUCCGUCACGGGCGAGGACCCGCCCGCCCCGCAGCAGCCGCCGCCCGCCCCGCCGGCACCACCCGCCCCCGACACAACUGAUGCCAAAGCCACACCCGUCAAAGAGCAGCCAACUUUGACAACCGCAGUCACAAACGAGGACCCCGCCAAAAACCAGUCCGGUGAUCUUUGACACACUCCAUGUGGUCAAAUUACGUGUAUAUAAUAGACUAUGACAAAUUCUAUGAAAUAUAUGUAAAUAUGUAUGUACAUAUUGUUUAAGGGUACGAUUGAUCAACGUUGUUCUGGGGUACAAAUGAAAGGAACAUAAUAUUAUUGUUGUUAUGCCUUUUAAACUACCGUAUUGAUCUCAGGAUGUACAUUUCUUAAUCACGUGGAAAUAAAAUUCAAAGCAAUUGCGACUGUGACUUCUAUCUUUCUAUUUAGUAUACAUUGGACUCGCACCACAAAUGCCAACAUGAUUUACUUAAUAUUUUUUUAAGAAUAUUUUUAAUAAAUGUGAGAAUUCGACUUAGUUUGUUUUGUUACAAGUUUUCUAUACUUACCUAUUUAGGUGUUUCUCUAUUGCUGUGUUUUUCUUAUAGAUGUAUUUGUUAUUGUGAUUUUCAUUGAUUAUUUAUAGGUACUACUUCAAAAAAUAUACUUUUUCUCUUUUCAUUGCCUUUUAACUUAAGCAAUAUAAUGAAUAGAGUUAGUUAGGUAUAAGAUAAUAUCAAAAUAUAUUGUAUUCAGUAGCUAGAUAGAAUAUGUUCCAUACCUGUUAUUAGAGUUCUCUCAAGAUUUUAUUUAGGUACAAAAAUAUUUCGGUGCCUUUAUUCAAAAGUAGCCUACACACCUGAAUGUUCAAUGUAAAAAAUAAACGAUUCAUGUAUGUUAUAUUUCAAAUGUUAUAGAUAAACGUGUACCUAUGUGGAGCAAACUCACUAUUAUUAUAUAAUAAAUUAUUUUGAAUGUAGAA